UUUGUAAUAUUCUACAAUUUUCAAAACAGAAAAAGAAGAAUCUUGUUUGUUUACCGAUUCCACCUGAAGUGCUGCCAGCAGAUGCAAGUUUGGUGCAUGCAACCAUUUUGGGAGACCAGAAGAAGAAAGACAGGAAUCAAAUCCAAUGUGAUUUGGUUUUCCUUCCUUCUUCCUCUUUGGGGCCAUCUUUGACACCACUUGCCCUGCUAUCUGGCGGAACUCCACCCCUCUCAAACCCUGGAUCCCCUGCCAAAUCACCCUCCAAUCUGUCCUCCAGAGUCAUCUCAAUCUCCUCCUUCCACCUGUCUUCAGAGGAAGGAUCACAGCCCUCUCCCCCUGUGAGAGAGUCUUGUGUUUCCCUGACUGACUCCACCCUGUCAUCUUCUGACUCCACCCAGACAUCUUCUAAUCCCACCCAGUCUUCCUCUGAUCCCCCCUUUUCAUCAUCUGACUCCUCCCACUCAUCUCCUGCCACUCCCCCUGGUCUUCCCUGCCCUUCCUCCCCAGUACACCUAUCCCCUUCUGCCCCCCGGUGCUGUUCUCCCAAGCCCCUGGACCACCAUGGAGAGACCUUGAAAGACAUUGAGAACACCAGCCAUCUGAAGAGCUUCCCAGUCAAAGAGGUGGGAGCAGUUCUUCCACAGGAGAAGACAGUGGUGCCUCAAAUUGUUGCACCUGCAGAGGCCUCCAUUGACAAGAGAGCCUCCUCUGUCUCCCUGGAAAGGCCUUAUGUCAGAUCUGGGGGCCCCCUGGCCCAUCUCUCCAUCCUCUUCAACAGGAGGGGCAUCCAGAUAGAGAGGCAAAGAUGCACAGGCGAUGUCAAAGACAACACCAAGCUCCUUGGGUUGCCCAACAUCGGAAACACCUGUUUUAUGAACUCUGCUCUACAGUGCCUGUUGGAACUGCCUGCAUUCUGCAGAGUCAUCCUAAGACAGCAGGACAUCUGGAGUUCCUACCCCUCUUCUAAACUGCUCCGCUGUUUUGCUGAAUUACAGACUGCAAGGCUUUCUGAAGGCCCAUCUAAAUCUAGGACAAGGGAAAAGAAGAAAAUCCUUAAAACUGUCAAAAGCUGCCUGUCCAUUGGCCACCAGGACUAUCAGGACAACGAUGAACAGGAUGCCCAUGAAUUUUUGGUGCACCUCCUGUGUCAGCUGAAGGAGGAGGGUAUAGCACUGAAUGACUCACCAGAACCAUAUAUCUGUCCGGUAAAGCAGCUGGAAUUCACACUGAAAACUACGCGUACCUGUACCAGCUGUGGAGCUGUAGUGUUUGUUCAGGAGAAAUACAACCACCUGUCACUAAGUCUAAGCGCUCACCUGAGACAUAGCCUGGAACACUACUUCAUGCCGUCUCCAUUGGAAUGUAAAUGCUGGGACUGUUCAGGCAGCAUGGCAUCUGUGUCCACCCACUUCCUGACACUGCCUCGGGUCCUAAUGCUUCAUGUGAAGCGGUUUUGUGCAGAUGACUGGGAGCCAAAGAAGGUAGAGGACCCCAUGUUUAUCCCAGAAGAACUUACUCUCCAGGGCCUUUGUGGGGAAACUGUCCAGCCUGGUGACAGUACCAUCGAUUCACAAAGGGUGAGGUCACUGGGAAACAACAGCGUGGUCAACACUCCACCAAACUGCCCUUCUAGUUCAGCUUCAAAUGGUUCAGACCAGCAAGCAAAAGCAGCUGACAGGGAGAAAAGGCAGCAGACAGCCACAGUGAGAUACCAGCCAGAACCUGUUUAUAGAUUGUCAAGUGUGAUCUCUCAUCUGGGAGAAAGCUUGUAUACAGGUGUGCUAGAUCUUCAAUGCCUGGGCACCCCAAGGAGAGGCCACUACAUCACUGAUCUGCUGGACAGCCAUGGUAGUGGAUGGCUCUGUAUGGAUGAUGCACGUGUCCGUAGGACAGAUGUGGCCACUGUACUCAGGACUAGAGCUCACACUGCCUACAUCCUCUUCUAUGUGGGCAGUGGAGCAGGUGAAGGAGACCAGGCACCUAAGAUGCAGAAUUAGAAGAGCUUCCAGAGGAAUCUGUCUGACCAAGACCACCAAGCUGUUUCUGGAUGUUUGACUCCGACCCUUGCCUUGGAGACUCACCGACUACGUUUUAAGCCUUCGCCCCUCCUGUACCUUUGCCUGGUUACACAGUCUUCACUCGUGUCUGAACCUGCCUGCCUCCACCUAGUUACUGCCUCACCCUACUGGAACUAU